GGUACAUGGAUAUCGCGAUGGUUCUGUAAUUUCUGCAGAAUGACACUAAACCCAAAUGUCAAAAUAAGGCUAAAAAGAAACUUAAGAAAAACAGUGGGGUCUUAACAGCAGAAAAUAUAGAUUUCUUGAAAUAUCCAAGUUAUGGCCGAUAUUCUUCAAAUAGAUGGUAGCUACUUGGAAGGCGGUGGCCAAAUCCUACGUAAUGCACUCAGUUUGAGCUGUAUCCUUUGUCGGCCAAUAAGAGUCUUCAAUAUACGUGCCAAUCGCCCCAACCCGGGACUUUCAAAUCAACAUUUAUUUGGUUUGAAUCUUUUGCAAAAUAUCACUGGAGCUCGUGUUCAUGGUAACCACAUGAAAUCAACUGAAGUGGAGUUUCAUCCUGGAGAUAUCAAAUCUGGACGAUACACGGUAGACACUCGGACGGCUGCAAGCGUGGCACUGGUACUGCAAGCUGCAUUGCCUGUGCUGAUAUUUGGUCGCAACACAACCGAAUUGGAGCUUAUAGGAGGCACAAAUGUAGGCAUGGCGCCCCAGGUUGAUACUAUGACUGAAGUGCUACGUCCUAAUUUGGAACUGUUUGGCGUUUCAUUUGAUUUCGAUCUGAUUCAGCGUGGAUACUACCCUCGCGGUGGCGGACGAUGUAAAGUUAUAGUACCUUGUGUACGUAAUAUAAAAGCAGUUACCUUAACUCAAUUUGGAACAAUAAGCGAAGUGUGUGGUUGGUGCUUUGUAGCAGGUAAAUUACCAAUGCGUAUAGCAGAAGACAUGAAAAAUGCCGCAGAAAAGGAGUUGAAAACUGUUUGCCAUAUUCAACCUCAAUUUGAUGCUUACAAAGAAAGUUUGGAGAUAGCACGUGAUAAUGGUUCUGGCGUAAUACUAAAGGCUGUUACAACAGAAGGAUGUACACUUGGCUCUUCUGCUUUGGGUGAGCGACAAGUGGAUGGUUAUGCUCUGGGCAAGACAGCGUCAAAAGAGUUAGCAAGUUAUUUGAAAGACAGCGUUUGCGUCGACUCUCAUGUACAAGACCAGUUAGUCAUAUUUAUGGCGCUUGCACAUGGUACAUCCAAAAUACUGACCACUGCACUCACCCAACAUACACGUACUGCAAUUCAUGUAGCAGAGCUGAUGACUGGAGCGAAGUUCAAUACUGAAGAAGUGGAUAAAAUCGGUAACGUUAUACUAUCUUGUGAAGGCAUUGGAUAUCAAAAUAAACAAAUAUAAUGUACUAAGUAUAAUAUUAAAUAUUUACUUUUAAAAACAGUAAAUA